AGAAUGAUAGCCACAAGACAUCUGCCUGGGUUUGGUGUGGUAUACCACAGCAAGGCUACAGCCAUGUAGAAGAAAAUACCUUUGAAGAGGCUUAGCAUGUCAUCCCUCAUGAAGAAGAGGAGGAGGAAGUCUUCUUCCAACACCCUGAGGAAUAUUGUCGGCUGCAGAAUUUCUCACAGUUGGAAGGAAGGUAAUGAGCCUGUCACCCAAUGGAAGGCCAUAGUUCUAGAUCAACUGCCAACAAACCCUUCUCUUUACUUGGUGAAGUAUGAUGGAAUUGACAGCAUCUACGGACUGGAGCUCUACAGUGAUGACAGGAUUUUAAACCUUAAGGUUUUGCCUCCCAUAGUAGUAUUUCCUCAGGUGAGGGAUGCCCACCUUGCCAGAGCCCUGGUUGGCAGAGCGGUACAACACAAAUUUGAGGGGAAAGAUGGCUCUGAGGUCAACUGGAGGGGGGUGGUGCUAGCCCAGGUGCCAAUCAUGAAGGAUUUGUUUUACAUUACCUACAAGAAGGAUCCAGCUCUCUAUGCUUAUCAGCUCCUGGAUGACUACAAGGAAGGUAACCUCCACAUGAUUCCAGACACUCCUCCGCCUGAGGAGAGAUCAGGAGAUGACAGUGAUGUGUUGAUAGGUAACUGGGUGGAGUACACCAGAAAAGAUGGUUCCAAAAAGUUCGGAAAGGUUGUUUACCAAGUUCUAGCCAAUCCUUCCGUGUACUUUAUCAAGUUUCAUGGUGACAUCCAUAUCUAUGUCUAUACUAUGGUGCCUAAGAUUCUUGAAGUUGAAAAAUCAUAA